AUGAUUGUAACUUACGAAGAUGAGAUUCGGCAUAUGCAAGAUACGCAUGAAGCUUCGAUACGGUUGAUUGAGUCUCGAAAGCGCCAGCCUUCUGUGCAAGCGGUAGACCUGGAUCACUUCUUGAAUGAAUGCUUCAUCGCCAUGGCGUCUGUGGAUGGGACGGUGAGCAUGGAGGACUUCUCGGACUUCUUGAAGAGAGCUGGCGCGAUGGGCCAGCAGCAGCUGACAUUGCCAGACCUACAAGUAUUGGUGUUCGGGUCCGACGAAGCAGCACGAGCAGCAGGCAGAGUGAACGGGCUCUCAAUCACUCGAUUCAAGAACGCCAUGGCGAAUCUCGCAAAGUUGAGAUUCGCUGAGGAGGCAGAAGAAGACUUCCAGACGCUGUUUCAACUCUGGGUAGAGACCUCGCUCGUUUCUGCCCUUCACAAGUCUAAAUUCUUUGAGCAACCCAAGGCCAAGAGUCCUCCCGCAGCAACCAAGAAUGCGAGAGAGAAGAAAGCGGUUGCGCCGGAGGAGAGCAACAACGUGAUCUGUGUGCAGAGAUAUGACGAAGAGGCGAUAGCGCAAGCUCUUGUUGCCUUCGUUCCUAAACGCGAAAGCCUCCAGCGCAUUCUUGACCACUAUCACAAACUCUCGCUGCAGGAGAAGUUGGAGAAACAGACCCAGACUUGUUCACAAGAUGAUGGCAACUUCACAAGGAAUGUCUUCUCCACUUUCCUUUCAGACUUUGAGAUCCAUCCAAAGCACCUCUCCCGCCGAGAAGUGAAAGAGAUCUACAACUUCUGCUUCGUGCAAGGCAGCUCUGAACAUACAACUUACGUCAAGUUCAACCUGACUCUUGCUCACCUCGCCCUCAAGUUCCCUUCCUCUUCUUGCUCCACUCUUUGCCUGACCGCAAUGGGCAGAAUCUUCGGCAAAAGCCAGCUCCCUUUCGAUUGCUCGCAAUCGCUGCUGCUGCACAUGCAUGGCUCGCAAGUUAGCGCCGAAGAUAUCUCCCCGGGCGACCACGACCUCAGGCUGACUUCACCUUCCAAAUCUCCUGACUCUCAAAUUUGGAGCAAAGAGAACAUGGAACUUUGGCAAAGGCUGCAAGAUCAAGACAACAUCCAGAAAGCCAAGAUUGUGAAGGAGAAGGCGAUUAGCAAAGUGACUGAGGAGGCAGAAAUGCAAAAGACUCCGGCGUUGACUACAGCGGCUAAGGAGCUGAAGUUGCUCCGUCCUCCUGCUCUCUGUCCAAAGAGCUUGGCGAUCGUAGAAGCUAAGGGGAGCGCGAGGAAGGCGGACUGGGUUGAGAGGCUGUUGACGUAUGGGGAAGAAUACAAGAAGCUCAAGGAGCAGAGGAAGGAGCAGCUUGAGGAGGCGAUGAAGGGAGGAAAACCGCAGAUCGAUAAAAUCUCCGACCAUAUCGCCUCGUCAAGGGAGCUCGAAGACCCGAAGUCGUACGUUGACAGGCUGUACGAGAAUUUCUUCGAGCGUCAAAAAUCUCUCGAGAAGCUGAAGGAAAAGAUUGUACAGGAGUCGUUGAAAGAUCAGAAGACAGGACAGGAGUUUUUCAACCCCAAGAUUAAUCAGCGAUCAGACAAGCUUGCCAGCCUGCAGAGGUUCAGCGAUUUCGUGCAAGCUUCACUUGCUUGGAACGCCGAGAAGUUGUCGAAGCAACAAAUUUCUUCUUUCGGUCCGGUUUGUGAUGAGCAAACUAAGUUGACAAAAUCAAAGGUGGAGGCGAUGAAGCGUGCGAGAGAAGUAGACAUUUCGAAGGUUGUCAAGUUGAAAAAGCUCUUCAAGAAUGCCUCACAUUUCCUCCAGCUUGCUGCAAAGCCGAAAAUCAACAAGAGGAGCCGGGAGAUCGCGAUGAAGAAGCAAGAAAACGGAGAAGAAGAUACUAAUGUCAAGCUCAACGUCGAGAGAUCGAGCUCGAGGGACAAACUUCCCGUUGACGAGAAGGGACAGAAAGACGGAGGAGAACAGAACUUCCGUCCCCACAUCAACCAGCGCUCUCGUCUACUUGACUCGAUGGCGAGAAACGGAGAUGGUACAAACAGGUACGAUCAGUUGUACAGUUACCAUCAGUUGUACGAAAGUCGCCGCAAGGAGCUCGGGGAUCGAGUGAGAGCAGAUGAAGAGAAAGAAUGCACUUUCUCUCCGUACACGAAUCAGUCGAAGAGUGCAAGCAGGAGCCAUCGGAAGAUGUUGUUCAGCGCUGAAGAUGAGCUUCAGAAAAGCUUCUUUGGCUUGGAAGAGGGCGGGUGGUUGCAGGGAGACAAAAACGUCGAGGAUGCCCUGAGCCAACUUCAAACGUCACUUUCAAGAUUGUACGCGUCCGAGAGUCAGCUCGCAACACCCAAGACAGGAUUGAGCGUAUCAUGGCAGGACCUGGAGAGAAUUCCAGUAUUGGAUGAAGACAACGUGGUUGCGAUAUCCAUCUACGACAAGCAGCAAGAAGCGUUGAGAUCUCCUGCUGCGCAUGGGCCCUCCAUCAAGAGCAGGUCGCCGAAAUGA